GUUAAACGCGACUAGCUCACGGCUAAAACACACCGCCGAUCUCACACCAGAAAGAUUCGACUAGAGAAACCUUCCGUCACCAACAAUGAGAGCCGUCGCCAUAGCCGCCGCCGCAGCGGCAGCUAAAGCUCGACGUAUUUCUGGAAGACUUCACGCUACUUCUUCAGUUCGCCAGUACUCUAUUAUGAUCUCUCCGCAUCUCAAAAACAUCACUUUAACUCAUUCGGACUCGUCGAUUUACUCCGACGACCGCAGUCGACCAUAUGGCCAACCUCUCGCCGUCCCAUGGUCCGCCAAUCAGAUCCGAUUCGCCAAAGCUCGCGGCUCCGACGUGAGACCAGGAAAUGUCAUUGAAAGGAAAGGAAAAGUUUACCAGGUCGUGAAAGCACAACACUCGACUCAAGGAAGAGGAGGGGCUAUCAUACAGGUUGAGCUUCGUGACGUUGACAGUGGAAACAAAGUGAAUGAAAGGUUUCGCACAGACGAGAUAGUUGAAAAAGUAUUUGUUGAAGCGAAAUCCUUCACGUACCUGUACACUGAUGAAGAAAGUGACAGUGUUGUGCUAAUGGAGCCUAACACUUUUGUGCAAUUGGAUGUACCGAAGCACUUAUUUGGCGACUCUCUUGCGUAUUUAAAAGAUGAUAUCACUGUCUCUGUGGAACUCUUUAAUGACAGGGCUAUGUCAGCAUCAGUACCUAAACGAGUGACGUGUACCGUGGUGGAAGCACAAGUCCCUAUGAAGGGGAUGGGAGCUACCCCUCAUACCAAAAAGGUAUUACUGGACAACGGCAUCACCGUACAGGUGCCACCUCAUGUUAUAACGGGUGAUAAGUUACUUAUUGAUACCACUGACAACUCAUACAUAAGCAGGGCUUAAGCGUGUUCUUGAUAGAUCCUCGAUUGGCGUUGCUGCAAAACCACAAUUUUUCAGGAUACAUCUUUGAAAGGUAUGAAAUGAAAUAUUGAAGUGCCAUUUGGAUUUGAUUAGUAAGGUUGAAUGUAUUUUUGUAGUGGAAGUUGUUAUUCAUGAUCCCAUUCCAUCAUAUGGUGUGAAUAAGUAUGUUGAGUGAGGCAAUUUGGUGGAUGUUGUUGUGUUAUUUCAGUCAUACAACUUUUUAUUUUGUGAAACAUGGAUGUUUAGGUUAGGUUGUGCGCACCUUGAUUAAUUCUAAGGGCUUUAAAGAAUGGCCAGAAAAAUCUUUAGUGACUUUGCAGGACUCAAACCGAUGACAUUUGAGGAGGAUCCCCAAAGACUCAAACUUUAUUGCCGCUUGUGCUAACCCACAAGGUUACAUGAAUAAAAGAAGAACCUAAGCUAUCAUCCUAAUUGCUCAAUUCUUCGUAUUUUGUAUCCAUUUUGACAUAGAAAUGGAUUCCA